GGGGAUCUGGCCCCCAAGGGGCAGCGCGCCAUGAGGAUGCUGGCCCGGCGCCUGGCCGCCCGCUUCCCCAGCCUCCUGGCCCCCGGCCGGCGCCUGGCCUUCGCCAGCAGCUCCAAGCACCGGUGCCUGGACAGCAGCGCCGCCUUCCGCGAGGGGCUGCGAGAGGCGCUUUACGGGCCGCGGAGCGACGACGGGAGAAACGCCACCAUGAUGGAAACAUUUGAAAUUAAUGAUAAAUUGAUGAGAUUUUUUGAUCACUGUGAAAAAUUUGUACGAGACAUUGAAAACAAUGAUUCGGCAUUACAUGAGGUCGAUGCCUUUAAGGAAGGCCCUGAGAUGAAGAAGAUAGUGAAUAAAACUGCACAUACUUUGUGUCUACCAUUGAAAGACUUAAAUGCAGAUUUGGUUCAAGUGGCAUUUUUUACUUGCUCAUUUGGGCUAAGUAUAAAAAACAUUAGCUCCCCCUGGUGUUCGCUGUUCAACAAAGAAGAUGCCAAGGUACUUGAGUAUCUGAAUGACCUCAAACAGUACUGGAAGAGAGCCUAUGGAUAUAAUAUUAACAGUCAGUCCAGCUGCAUACUUUUCCAAGAUAUUUUCAAACAUUUGGACCAGGCAGUUACAGAGAGCAAAAGGUCAAAACCUAUUUCUUCGCCAGUGAGUAUCCAGUUUGGACACGCAGAGACUCUUCAGCCACUUCUUACACUCAUGGGCUAUUUUAAAGAUAAGGUGCCUCUUAACGCCAGCAACUAUUCCAGUCACUUGAAUCGCAGGUUCCGUACUGGUCGUAUCGUCCCUUAUGCUGCCAACUUGUUAUUUGUGCUUUAUCAUUGUGAUCAAGCUAGAUCUCCUGAGGAAGAGUACAAGGUUCAGAUCCUUCUCAACGAGAAGCUCCUGCCCUUUACAUACUCAGGGAAAACUGUUUCUUUGUACGCCAAACUGAAAAACCAUUAUAAAGAUUUAAUUCAGAAUUGUGAGUUUGCUGAAGUGUGCAGUAUCUCCAAAAAUGGUACUAGCAUUAAUUCAUUAUAAAGGGACAUCGUAAAAAAGAUCAUCGAUGUUUUUGCGUAUGCAUGUUUUUGGCAAAUUGUAUUGUUUUUGGUUUUGCUAUUAAUUAGAAUGGCGUACUGCUGACACCACAGUGUUUUUAAAAAAAACUUCUUAAAUGUAUGCUUGCAAUUUUAAAAAAUGGCAUCAAACCUGGAGCCUGAAGGAAGGCAUACAGAAUAUUUCUAAAGCUUCAGACAAACUGAUGGAGUUGCUCUAUUUCUGAAGAGGAACUCUUUCUCCCUUUCCUGAAUCAUGAAUGAUUGAAAAGUAAGGAUAAGCUGUUCAACAUGCAGCUUACUCCAUAGCACUGACUGUUGUCUACUGUGAACAGUUUUAGAGUUACUGAAGAUGAAAAAUGGUUGCUGGAAUGCUGACUUGUAAAAAAGGUGGAUUUCAACAAAUAUUUCUUACUUUAGAUUCCAAGGGACUUUUAGAUAUUCCUGUUAAACUCAGGAGGCUUUUGAAGCCAUGUGAAUUGCCUAAAUAUUUAUUUCUCUCUAGACCACUUCAGAGGUUUAGCAUAUACUUGGACAACACAGCAGUAACUGGUCCAUCUGUGAUGGAGUCAUUUAUUUUUAAGUCACUUUUGGUAGACUUUGUCCAGUAAUAAUGUUGUUCCUCUUCUAGGACCAGAAAAAGACGACUUGUGAAUUUGUCAUUUGGACAAAACCCAUUCCUGUUUCAGUAUUUAACUAUUCCAAUUGCUUUCUUCAAUAUUAAUAUUGAAGGUGAAGAAUUAGUGGAUUUUGUUCAGGAUCCAAAAAGAUAAAGUCAUUCUGUACUGCAGGAGAUCUUUUAGAAAUCUGAAAAAUGACCUGAAAUUUAUCUGUUUCGUGUGUGAAAAAGAGGAGCUUGAACAGUGGGAAUAGGAGUGUGAGAUCUUUGGGAGGCAAACCUCUACAAUUCUGACUCUGAAACACCACUCCAAACCCCAAAUCUAACAUCACACUGCUGAAAUAAAGGCCAUUUUACUGCUGCAUCUUUGUAGUUCAGCCUCAUAAUGUUAGGGGUCCAAAUAUGGGUUAUUGGGACUUCCUGCAGUCAAAGGGCUGCUAGUUGCCAAUUCCUGCUCAAGACAGUAGGAUAUAUUGUAUGUUAUAAAGACAACACAUGGUGCUUUUGGGAGAAUUCUCAUUAAUCUUUAAAGGAUAUCUUUUGAGUGAGGUGAUUUGUAAACUGUGUUAGAUUUUUUUUGUCUAUUAGAAAAAGGAUAAUGCAUUGACGUUUUAAUUUAAUAUUUAAAACAACAAUAUAAACACUGUUUUAGUCAA